UGAUAGAGCUAUCUCUGAAAUUUCAUUACACUAGUAGUUCUGUGAACAGUAAACCUCACGCAGUAUUCUCAUCCACAAGUACCUGAUUGAAACUAUAGACCUUAUGGAAAUACAGCAAUAGACUGGCUUCUCCACACAUCUGUGUAAUCACUUGUCAGCUGAAUAAUUCUAUGGUCUGUAUAAAAUUGCCAAAUUGGCAUGUAACUGAUGCAGUAGUAUCACAGUACUUGGUUGUAUUGGAUUGAUAGGCGAUUCGCAUCAAUUUGGUUCAAGAUUUAUUCAACAAAACAUGGUAAAAAUCUGUUCCAUGAUGAGAAUGAAUUUCAUAGUUUGUACUAUAUCACUGGGUAUUCUCAUGUGUAUACCAUCAACGAAAGGAACUAGCGAUGACGAUUGCAGAGAGACAUUCAAAAUCAUUGAUCAAAAUCGUGAUGGUUUAAUCACCAAGGAAGAAGUGGAGAGCUUUAUGGGGAGUAGAAAAUCCAAAAUAAUUGUGAAAGACAAGACAAAGUUUCAUAAAAAUCUACUAACAGCAAUAGAAAGAGUGAGCUUCAAAACUGAGGAAUCUGAAAAAAUUGGAAUGACAGAGGAUGAAUUUGUUUCAUUCAUGAACGACAUUGAAAAGCCAGAGCCUGAUGGAAGGCUGGCAGCAGUCAAUAAGAGGUUCGGAGGAAAGCAGAAAAUUCCCAAUUCUGAAGUUGCUUAUGCUUACAAUAUGGAUCCGAUUGCCUUUGAUCAAUUAUAUUACACACCGCAAGAAUUAGCAGAUUUGGGACUUUUGUAAGCGCCAGGAAAUCAUUAUGAUAGAUACUAAUGGAUGAGUUGACAUGGAUUUCAAUAAUUUCUGUCACUCAAACUGGCCACUAACGGUAGGACAUGCAUGAUACAUAUGUCAUCAUACAUUGCUGAGUCAUUACAGCGAGAGAAUUGGAGGUUAGGUUUUUGUACCUCCAAUUUUUUGUAGUGUAUUUUUUCUUUGCUACUCUAUUUGAGGUUGAAUUAUCUAUCUAUCAUCACUACCGUAUUUUUCUAAUUUUCCAGUGGUUUAUUAAUUGUUAUUAUUUGUUUAUUUUAUGUUAGAAACCUCUCGCUGAUGACAAUACAUGCAUGAUAAACAUGUGUGUGUGUGCGCACACAUGAAUGUUCUACCGUUAGUGGCCAGCCUAAAAUGUUCUGUUUUUGAUCCUGGAUUUUUGCUUUAUGCGCGUUUUGACAAUAUAAUCUGAUUUGCAUUAGUGUGAGAAUAUAACAUUGUUUUCGUAUUGAG